CAGUUCUGCCGCCGAACGUCUCCUAGCUACACUCACACGAUGUCCGAAAGGCCCUCAGCCCCCAGAUUUCUCUCUCAGUUUACUAGGUCGCAACGCCCUUCUGAGCCUCUUGAUGAUCAGCCGCGGACUUCCAUCUCUCCUGCUUCCAGCAUCCGGAUCACUGUUUCCGCGACUGCAAGCGAUGUAUCGGCUCACAGAGAUCACCAUGGUAAUUCUGCAGGAUCACAUCCUGGUAUCCUUGCUACUACAGCGCCGAUUCUUUCGCUUUCUACUACUGGUGCCUCAGGGGAUGAUGCCACGAAGCAAUCGACGUCUUUUCGAGACAGGAUCUUUGGGCGAUUGAAGAAAAGCCCUAGCUCCGAUCCCAAUCGUCUCAACCAAUCAACCAAUGUCGAUCUCGAUCAUCCUAUGUUGACUACACCCGUCCAGACAUCCACGAACGACCCAUGGCCAUCGCUGUCUCCCCUUCCCACCGAAGCGACUACUGAUUCGUCACGAGUAAUUCCUAGCGCAGAGGAAGAGGCUUCAGAUGCCAGGCCGUCAGUUCCAGCUGCUCCAUCGGGCCCGGCGGCACCUCGCAGAUCCGAUGGAGAUCCGAAGAAGAUGAUCAUUGGGAGCACUAAAGCCCUCCUCCGGACCGCGGCCACUGCUCUCAGGCUCGUCCCUAUCCCAAAUCUUGAUCAGAUCCCAAACGCCCUUUUGACAGGGAUUCAAAUCUAUGAGAAUGUUAGCGGCAACACCCAGGAUCUCAAACAGUUGUGCGAAGUGAUCCAGCAGGCGAGCAAGUCGGUGUUUGAGCCCCUCCAGACUUGGACUGGAAAGAUUCCUCCGGAGCUUGAAACCUUAGUGGAGGAAUUCCGCGUGGCAUUGAAAACACAAGUAGAAGACAUUAAAUUAGUUCAGGAAAAAAAUAUCGUCGAGAAGACCAUUCAAACGUCUGAUAUAACACAGCAAAUAACCAAUAUGAAGAACUGCCUAAAUGAUGCUAUCCGUCGAUUCGAGCUGAGAUCAUUGACUUUAAUUCUGCUUCGCACCGAGCACGCAUCGGUUCAAUCCGAGAUAUCGAGACUCAAGUGAGCCCCGGCCGAGCAUAUUUACGUAAAAAGCAAAUCAGAGUGCCUACCGGGCACACGACUCAAGAUUCAAGAAUCCAUACUCGAGCACCUGAAGAAACCUGAGAACCGAUUUGUUUGGCUACGGGGGUCCCCUGGGACAGGGAAGACCGCGAUCUCUAUGAGUAUCGCAUCCACUCUAGAGCAGCAGGGCGUACUGGCAGCGUCAUAUUUCUGGGACAAGAACCGGAGAGGAUCGGGCUUGGAUUCUAUUGAACAGUUUCCCUCUACCCUUGCCUGCCAACUUGCAUCCUUCAACGAGGACUUCAAAUUGUCGCUCGUCAGACAACU